UCAUUACCUCAUUCCGCCUCGCGCUCGGCCACGUUAGACAUGUCACCGCACUCACAACUCAUUAUUGCAGUUUCAGCAUUUCUUCUGGUAGGACUUGUCCAAGCAAGUUCUAAACCCCACGACAGGCAUGAAAAACACAAUACAUGCCAGGAGUUCACCCAGGGCCAGGUGUUCAACGAUAGCCAAGCCAUCGGCACGUGGCAUCUACUGCAUUUUAAGACAGAAAAGACUAACGGAUCAGGAGAAUCACACUGCGUGCAAUUUUCUUUGAUUUCCGAUCAGGAACGCGAAGACCUACAAAACUUGAUAGGGAAAUACGUAGAGAAUCUUAAAUGGGAGAACUUAACCUUGAAAAUGCAGAUCCCGUGUGCAAGUAUAUCGACCAACAAGACACGUGACUAUUACCUCGAGCGAUUAGAAGGAGAUGGUUCGUACAGAACUCUACAAAUGCCGCCAUCGACGGCAAAAUUAGACUUGGCAGAGUUCCAUCGUUACCCAAUGAGGUUGAAAAUAAUUGAAUCCCAAUACUUAGGCAUGAUGGACUGCCAUGAAAAAUUUAUGUUCUUGAUGGGCAAGCAGCCUCCAGAAGGAAGAGAACUGGAUGAACGAUUGAAGAAAAUGAUCGACGCAUAUUGGCCUAAUGAAUCUUAGCGAGAAUUUAUCUUAUACUUAGUCUAAACAUGUUCAUUGAAUUGUAGUUUUGUUUUAUAACCGUCUGACUGUAUCAUUGUAUAUGUAAUAAAUAUUUUAGUAAAUAGUAAAUAACAA